AUGGCGGGCAGAGUCGGCAAUGGCCUGGCGGAGCUAGGUGCGGCGGUGGUCCACGAAGAGGCCGCGGCCGCGGCAGCGGAGCCGCUGCCCGAGGAGCUGGAGCCGGAGGCAGCGGCGGGGGUGAGGGAGAUCGUGCUGGGGAGGAACGUGCACGCGUCCUGCUUCGCGGUGAAGGAGCCCGACGCCGACGACGAGGACACCGGCGAGCGGGAGGCCGCUAUGGCCGCCGUCCUCGCGCGGUACCGCCGCUCCCUCACCGAGCGCACCAAACACCACCUCGGCUAUCCAUACAAUCUGGACUUUGAUUACGGUGCUCUUGCCCAGCUGCAGCACUUCUCCAUUAACAACCUAGGUGACCCAUUCAUUGAGAGCAACUAUGGUGUCCACUCGAGGCAGUUUGAAGUGGGUGUGUUAGAUUGGUUUGCACGUUUAUGGGACCUGGAAAAGGACGAAUAUUGGGGUUACAUUACAAACUGUGGCACUGAAGGAAAUCUGCAUGGCAUUCUCGUCGGAAGAGAAGUUUUCCCUGAUGGAAUCUUGUAUGCCUCUCGUGAGUCCCACUACUCAGUAUUCAAAGCAGCAAGAAUGUACCGGAUGGAUUGCGUUAAAGUGGAUACUCUUGUCUCUGGAGAAAUAGAUUGUGCAGAUUUUGGAAGAAAGCUAUUUGAAAACAAAGAUAAACCUGCUAUUAUUAAUGUCAAUAUUGGAACAACUGUCAAGGGAGCAGUUGAUGAUCUUGACUUGGUUAUUGAAACACUUGAAAACCUGGGGUUCGAGAAUAGGUUUUAUAUCCACUGCGAUGGUGCUCUAUUUGGGUUGAUGAUGCCAUUUGUUAAGCUGGCACCUAAGGUUUCCUUUAAGAAGCCCAUUGGGAGUGUCAGUGUGUCUGGUCACAAGUUUGUUGGAUGCCCCAUGCCCUGUGGUGUCCAGAUAACAAGGUUGAAGCACAUCAAUGCCCUUGCUAGCAAUGUCGAGUAUCUAGCUUCAAGAGAUGCUACAAUCAUGGGAAGCAGGAAUGGUCAUGCUCCCAUCUUUCUCUGGUACACCUUGAACAGGAAAGGCUAUAGGGGCUUUCGGAAGGAAGUCCAGAAGUGCUUAAGAAAUGCACAUUACCUGAAAGGUCGGCUCAAGGAUGCUGGAAUCAGUGUGAUGCUUAACGAGCUUAGUAGUACAGUAGUCUUCGAGAGGCCAAAGGAUGAAGAGUUUGUGCGACGGUGGCAGCUUGCUUGUGAGGGAAAUAUAUCUCAUGUUGUGGUAAUGCCCAGUGUUACCAUCAGUAAGCUGGAUAGUUUCUUAAAUGAGUUGGUGGAGAAGCGGGCAACCUGGUAUGAGGAAGGAAUAUGCCAAUCUCCUUGCAUUGCAGGAGAUAUAGGCCAGGAGAACUGUCUAUGUAAUCUGCACAAGAUGUGAGUUUGUCUGGGGACACUCUGUGAGUUCAAAUGUUGAAUACUCGAGUAUUUACUUUGUCUUGUGUUGUAUUUAUCACCUUCCAAUCUUGCAUCGUUUAUUGUUCCUAGUUGUCAUGCAACAAUUUAAAUUAAGUUAAUGAAUUAAAGCUU